AUGACGGACGAGAUUCAAUUCGUUCCCAACUCGAGCGGUCGGCGAUGGCCGCUGUUGGCGUAUCGAGGGUAUCUCUACCUCCACAAUAGAGCUAAUCCACAGACUUCCUAUUGGCGCUGUAUUAAUGCGCAUAAGGAACAACACUGUAGUGUUCGACUAACGGUUAAGGGAGAUCUCAAUGGUGACCCUAAGGACCUCACGGUCACCAACCUACCAUUGAGGGAACACGUUUGCGGCGAACCAAACUCGAACAUUCGACAGGUCUGCGCUGAAAUGGAGUUUGCGGCGAUCAAUGACGUGGAUUUGAAGAUACCGGAGAUCUACGAUAAAACUGUGGUUGACCUUCCGGAAGAGGUUGUAGAAAGACUGCCGAAGCGGGAAUGUGUGGAGAAUAGCUUACGACGAGUUAGACAAAAAGUAGCUGCUGUGAACAACGCAGCUCGCCCGA